CGAAGGAGAAGGGGGAGGAGAAGAAGGAGAAGAGAGGAAGGGAGGGUGGUGAGGAGGAGGGACCGAUGAGCGCGGGGGGGGAUGGGGGCUCGGGGUUGGGCCCCCCUGAGCUGGCGGGGGCCCAGCCGACUGCCGCGACCCCCCCCAUCCUUGGCCAGCACCGGAACCCCGAAACUGGCCAGGACGGACAGCAGGCCGCCACCGCGCAGUCUCAGACGGGGCAGACUCUUGGGACCAGCACAGGUGCCGCUGCCGCCGCCGCCGCUGCUGCCGCCGCGGCCAAAUCUGCUACCAAAAGGCCGGCUCGCAGAGGUGGUAAAGCGCCGCCCGACAGACCAAACAGGACCCUCUUUUGUUUACCCCUUAAGAAUCCCCUUCGAAAAAUGUGCAUCGACGUCGUCGAAUGGAAACCUUUCGAGUGGCUUAUUCUCAUGACGAUAUUCGCCAACUGCAUCGCCCUUGCGGUCUACACACCGUAUCCCUACGGCGAUUCUAAUUUGACCAACCAAUAUUUGGAAAAAAUAGAGUAUAUAUUUCUUGUGAUUUUUACGGUCGAGUGCGUUAUGAAGAUCAUCGCUUACGGCUUCGUCGCUCACCCCGGGGCUUAUCUUCGAAACGGCUGGAACAUAUUAGAUUUCUCGAUAGUAGUGAUAGGAAUGGUGAGCACGGUGUUAUCCGUGCUGAUGAAGGAAGGUUUCGACGUGAAAGCGUUAAGGGCAUUUCGGGUGCUACGACCGCUCAGGCUGGUUUCCGGAGUACCAAGUCUGCAAGUGGUCCUAAACUCUAUUUUAAGAGCGAUGAUACCCCUCCUCCACAUCGCUCUCCUCGUUCUCUUCGUCAUCAUUAUUUACGCCAUCAUCGGCCUCGAGCUCUUCUCCGGCAAGAUGCACAAAACGUGCAGGCACAAUAUGACCGAUGCGAUCAUGGACGAUCCGGUGCCAUGCGGGCCAGGCGGUUACCAAUGCGACAACGUGGGAUCCGAUUAUUAUUGCAGCAAGCAGUUUUGGGAGGGGCCGAAUUGGGGUAUCACGAAUUUCGACAACUUUGGCCUGGCUAUGUUGACCGUCUUCCAAUGCGUCACCCUCGAGGGUUGGACCGAGGUGCUUUACAACAUCGAGGACGCGAUGGGAAGCUCGUGGCAGUGGAUUUAUUUCAUCUCUAUGGUCAUACUUGGGGCAUUCUUCGUUAUGAAUCUGAUUCUCGGUGUGCUGUCCGGUGAGUUCUCGAAGGAGAGGGAGAAGGCGAAGGCGAGGGGCGACUUCCACAAAUUGAGGGAGAAACAGCAGAUCGAGGACGAUCUGAGGGGUUAUCUGGAUUGGAUCACGCAGGCCGAGGACAUCGAGCCGGAGACCGACGAGCCGAAAAUGCAGGAUGGGAAGACGAAACAGCAGAGCGAGAUGGAGAGCACGGACCAAUUGGAGGGCGACGAGGAAGGAGUGCAACAGGAAUCUCUGUGGAGAAGGAAAAAGCUGGAUUUCGACAGAGUGAACAGAAGGAUGAGAAGGGCCUGCAGGAAAGCCGUCAAGUCGCAAGUUUUCUAUUGGUUGAUCAUAGUAUUGGUUUUCCUGAAUACCGGCGUUCUUGCGACCGAGCACUACAAUCAACCUCAUUGGUUGGACGAUUUUCAAGAAAUCACCAAUAUGUUUUUCAUCGCGUUGUUUACCAUGGAAAUGAUGCUGAAAAUGUAUAGCUUAGGAUUCCAAGGUUACUUCGUCUCGUUGUUCAAUCGUUUCGAUUGUUUCGUCGUGAUCGGUUCGAUCACCGAGAUGAUCCUGACGAACACUCACGUGAUGCCACCGCUCGGCGUUUCCGUUCUCCGUUGCGUCCGGUUACUCAGGGUAUUUAAAGUGACAAAAUAUUGGAGGUCGUUGUCGAAUUUGGUGGCUUCCCUUUUAAACUCUAUACAAUCGAUCGCGUCUCUGUUGCUACUGCUCUUCCUUUUUAUCGUGAUCUUUGCCCUGCUGGGUAUGCAGGUGUUCGGCGGAAAAUUCAAUUUUAACGUUUUAGAGAACAAACCUCGUCACAAUUUCGACAGCUUUUGGCAAAGUUUGCUGACUGUCUUUCAGAUAUUAACCGGCGAAGAUUGGAACGCCGUUAUGUACGACGGGAUAAGAGCGUACGGCGGUGUUUCGAGCUUCGGCAUGCUCGCCUGUUUCUACUUCAUCAUUCUGUUUAUAUGCGGUAAUUAUAUCCUGCUGAACGUGUUCUUGGCCAUCGCUGUUGACAACCUCGCGGACGCCGAAUCGUUGACUGCCAUCGAGAAGGAAGCGGAGGAAGAGGCGGAGAAAAACAAAUCUCACAGCGCCUCGCCUACCAGGGACAAGGAUAGCGGCGAGCAAGGCGAUGACGGCGGUGAGGGAACCGGCGGCGAGGACGAAGGUGGGGGAACGGAUCUUGAACACGAUCCGAACGAGACAAUGGAGGAUUACGAGGCGGCUGUCGACACUGAAACAUCGGAGAAAAGCGACGACAUGAACACUCACGCCAAGGUACGAUUGAACAUAGAAAGCGACGAGGAGGUGGAGGAAGAGGAGGAGGUGGAGCACAACGAAAUGCACGGUGAACGUUUUAUAUACGAUGGAACGGAGCAAGGAGUAUCGGCCAGGCCACGACGAAUGUCCGAAUUCAACAUGGCCACCAAGAAACAACCGAUUCCAGCCGGCUCGGCUUUCUUCAUUUUCUCCCAAACGAACAGAAUUCGAAUAUUCUGCCACUGGCUGUGCAAUCACAGCACCUUCGGCAACGUGAUCCUCGUGUGCAUCAUGAUAUCUUCGGCUAUGCUGGCGGCCGAAGAUCCUUUACGCGCCUCCUCUUCUAGAAACUUAGUUCUCCAGAAGUUCGACUAUUUCUUCACCACUGUAUUCACGAUCGAGAUCUGUUUGAAGAUGAUCUCUUACGGUUUCAUAAUACACGAGGGUGCAUUCUGUCGAUCGGCGUUCAACCUGCUCGAUCUGUUGGUCGUGUGCUCCUCCCUCAUCUCUAUGUCUUUCAGCUCCGGGGCAUUUUCCGUCGUCAAAGUUCUUCGGGUGUUGCGCGUGUUGAGGCCUCUACGCGCCAUAAACCGCGCCAAGGGAUUGAAGCACGUAGUACAGUGCGUCAUCGUAGCGGUAAAGACUAUCGGAAACAUAGUCCUCGUCACCAGCCUCCUGCAGUUCGUGUUCGCCGUCGUUGGCGUACAACUGUUCAAGUACGUAGUCAAGUGUGUGAUUGUCGCCAUUAAAACGAUUGGCAACAUUAUGUUGGUCACCUAUCUCCUACAGUUCAUGUUCGCUGUUAUCGGGGUACAGCUGUUUAAGGGAAAAUUUUUCUAUUGUACCGAUGCAUCGAAAAUGACCAAGGAGGAAUGCCAGGGUACGUAUCUCGAAUUCGAGAACGGUAAUAUCAAUAAGCCAAUCAUGAAGGAGAGAAAUUGGUGCCAGCAACGUUUCCAUUUUGACGAUGUUGCGAAAGCGAUGCUCACGCUUUUCACCGUGUCGACGUUCGAAGGCUGGCCGUCAUUACUAGACUACUCGAUCGACUCUAACAAGGAGGAUCAUGGACCAAUUCAUAAUUUUCGACCGAUAGUGGCCGCGUACUACAUCAUUUACAUCAUUAUCAUAGCAUUCUUCAUGGUGAACAUCUUCGUUGGUUUCGUUAUUGUCACUUUCCAGAACGAGGGUGAGCAAGAGUACAAAAACUGCGAGCUCGAUAAAAAUCAGCGGAAUUGCAUCGAGUUUGCGUUAAAGGCGAAACCAGUGCGAAGAUACAUACCUAAGCAUCGAAUACAGUACAAAGUAUGGUGGUUCGUCACAUCUCAGCCGUUCGAGUACACCAUUUUCACUCUGAUCAUGAUCAACACCGUGACCCUAGCGAUGAAGUUUUAUCGACAGCCGGAAAUCUACACUCAAGCGUUAGACGUUCUAAAUAUGAUAUUCACCGCGGUCUUCGCUCUCGAGUUUAUCUUUAAACUGGCGGCCUUUCGAUUCAAGAACUAUUUCGGGGACGCUUGGAAUGUUUUCGACUUUAUCAUAGUCCUCGGAAGUUUCAUCGACAUCGUUUACUCGGAGGUUAAUCCCGGCUCCACCAUCAUCUCCAUCAAUUUUUUCCGCUUGUUUCGAGUGAUGCGACUGGUCAAAUUGUUGAGCAGAGGCGAAGGUAUAAGAACCCUUCUGUGGACGUUUAUCAAAUCUUUCCAAGCCCUGCCCUACGUAGCAUUGUUAAUCAUAAUGCUAUUUUUCAUUUAUGCCGUGAUAGGCAUGCAGGUAUUUGGAAAAAUAGCGAUCGACGACGAGACGUCGAUAAAUCGGAACAACAAUUUUCAAUCGUUCCCCCAAGCUGUAUUGGUCCUGUUCCGAUCAGCUACAGGCGAAUCUUGGCAGGAAAUAAUGAUGGACUGUUCGGUGCAACCGGGUAAAGUAAAAUGCGAUCCGAACAGCGACGAAGCGCUUAACACAAAUGGCUGUGGAUCCGACAUUGCAUUUCCCUACUUUAUAUCUUUCUACGUUUUAUGCUCGUUCCUCAUCAUCAAUCUGUUCGUCGCCGUGAUCAUGGAUAAUUUCGAUUACUUGACGAGAGAUUGGUCCAUACUGGGUCCCCACCAUUUGGACGAGUUCAUUCGUCUGUGGUCCGAGUACGACCCCGACGCCAAAGGUCGUAUCAAGCAUCUGGACGUGGUCACUCUUCUCAGAAAGAUAUCCCCGCCGUUGGGUUUCGGUAAACUCUGCCCUCACCGCGUCGCUUGCAAAAGGCUAGUCUCGAUGAACAUGCCAUUGAACAGCGACGGUACGGUGCUGUUCAACGCGACGCUGUUCGCCGUGGUGAGAACCUCGUUGAGGAUCAAAACCGAAGGAAAUAUAGAUGACGCGAACGCAGAGCUGAGAGCGGUGAUCAAGAAAAUUUGGAAGAGGACAAGUCCCAAGCUUCUGGACCAAGUGGUCCCGCCUCCAGGCGGCGACGACGAGGUAACCGUUGGUAAAUUCUACGCUACAUUUUUGAUCCAAGAUUACUUCAGAAGGUUCAAGAAGCGCAAAGAGCAGGAAAUGAAGGACGGCGACAAAGAGUGUCACAAUACCGUCACGCUUCAGGCUGGUCUAAGAACGUUGCACGAGGCUGGGCCCGAGUUGAAGAGAGCCAUUUCCGGAAAUUUGGAAGAACUUUUGGACGACAAUCCGGAACCUAUGCACAGGAGGAAUCAUUCGUUGUUCGGCAGCGUUUGGUCGAGUAUGAGGAAAGGGCAUCACAGUUUCAAUCGGGCCAGAUCGUUGAAAGUGAACUCGACGAGCAAGGCCUCCCCGACGAAUUCCAUCGACUUCGUGCCGUACUCGUCGUUCCACAGAGGAGGUGGCGAUCCUUCGAAUCAAAUAACCGCGAGAUCUCAUCAAGUGGUGCCGAACGUAGCAGGCGGUUUGAGCGACAGCGCGAUGAACCAAAUGGGGAUCGAUCCUAAACUGACCGGUAUCGAGGAGAGCAUACCGUUGAGACCGUUGGCCGUGUUCGGGAAUCCCGUCCAGCAACAAUCCUAUCACCACACUUCCUACAAAGUACUCGAGUGUUGCCCGUGUCGCGCGGUGCGUCCAAUGCGCGUCGACCACGUCGCGGCUGCUCGAACCAGUGUACAGGACGGAAUCGAGCGGCAGCUGACGCCACCGACGCCACCACCCCGAAGGAACCCACCACCACCACCACCACCACUACCACCACUACCACCCCAGUCCAUUGAUCCUGCAAGCACCGGCACCCUGCUGCACUCCGCGCAAGUCUCAUCCGGCAAGUCGGCCAGCGCGACGACCUCGAUCGCCACGUGCACCAACACGUCCACCGCGACCAGCAGCCCGAGCCUCGGAUCGUCCUCCAACGGGAUACGAUGUUACGCGACCAGGGGUUGCUGCGUCGAUUGCGCCGUCUGGAGUAAUCACGCCAUAGAUCGCGAGGACUUCGGUGAUUCGUCGGCGACGAGCGAGUAUAGCGAAUCCGGUGGAUCGAGAGGUUCGGCUGGCUCAAGAGGUUCCGGAAUGUCGAGCAACGGUUGGAGCAACUCGGAAAAGAUUGGUGGAGGGGGAGACGAAGGAGUGGGAGGAGGUGGAGGAAUAGGUGGAAUAGGAGGAGGAGGAGGAGGAGGGGGAGGAUCGCUGAGGCAGUUGGCGGUAGCUGGGUCUCGAUGCCGGGUUCAGAGUGGACGCGAUCCGUUGGUCGGCAAGUCGGCACCGUCGAGUUUUCGAAAGCGGGAUGGUACAGGUGGUGGUGGACAGUCGAGCAGCUCGGCCACGUCCGCGAGUACCGGAUUCGCGCGCAGCGUCGCCAACGGCCUCAAGCUCGCCCAGACACAGGCGAUCGCUGUAGCCGGAUUCCUUGCCGACGUGGACUCGCGACACGACCGAAUCUGCGCCUCCUGUCUGUCGCAUCGGGCCUCUUACCACGGCAGAGUUUCCUGGGCUGGAGAGAGUAACGGAAGCAUCGGCGCAGAGCGCCUGUCCCACAGCUUGCCAGGCAGCCCAGCCGAUCGGAAGCCCAACUUCGAGGUGAUAGGGAGCGCGGAGAGCCUGGUCGGCCGGGUUCUGGUGGAACAAGGAUUGGGCAAGUACUGCGAUCCGGAUUUUGUGAGGUACACGUCGCGAGAGAUGCAGGAAGCGUUAGACAUGACGCGCGAAGAGAUGGAUCGAGCGGCUCACCAGCUUCUACUUCAGGAACGUCGCGGGCAACCGUUGUCCUAUCAACUACAGCAGGGAGUGGACCAACAAUGGACAUCGUCCUAUCAGCCAAGCCAAUCGACGGGAAUUGGGUAUCAACCUUUGCAAGAGCAACAAUCGUCCGGGCAGCCGCGACAAUAUCGAUCGUAUUAUCGCGGUGGUGGACAAGCGACCACGACCUCGGAUCCAUCGUCGAUCCAGCAGCAACAACAACAACAACAACAGCAACAGCAACAACAGCAGCAACAACAACAACAACAGUCGCCGCCGUCUUAGCGACGCGUCCAUCGGCCGAUAGAUUCUAGUGUUCCUAACUCGUUCACCUUCGUCGAACGAGAACAAGUUUCGUCCCGGAUCGAUCGUCGCGAGUAGAACGAAGAGCGAAACAAAACAGUGAACGCGACCGCGAUCUCGUACAUAUAUCCCCUUUCUCUCGCUACGUGUAACGAAGAGGGAAUCGAGAGACCGUCGGGUGGGGAUAAUUGUGGAAAAGAAAUGAACGCGGACGCAAGCAAUAAAAAAAGCAACGAGAGCAACGAGCAGCGUUCACGCGUCCAAGAAAGGUAGAUCGGGAGAUUGGAAUUGAUUAUUUUUCGGAAAGGAAAUCGAUCCUUUCGAUUCGAAGGAGAAUAUGGCGCGUCGCGCGAACACCAUCAUAACGACGACGACGCGAGAAAUGAGAGAAACUCGUCGCGAACGAUUAAUCCUUAUUGCUCUCGUUCUUAAUAACUUAUUCCUUCGAUUACCGUUGUUUAGGAUAUAAAUUGAACUCACUAUUGCUCUUCGUACGAUGGAUUACUAGAUGAGAUAACAAGUGCCUAAGUAUCUGUAACUUCUUUCGGACCAGAGAAGACUUUUAUCAACUGAGACAAAAAAAAUACUAUUACCGCGAAUUAUGAAACGAGUAUGUAUGCUACGAUAUUCUGUAACGAUGUAUACGUAUAUAUAUGUAAGUAUAUAUAUAUAUAUAUAUAUAUAUAUAUAUAUAUAUAUAUAUAUAUAUAUAUAUAUCGUUACACAUGUAUAUUAUACGACACAUACACACAAUGCGCGCGCGCACAUACACACGCACGCACACGAACCUUUCUUAUUGAUUAUUAAUUAUAAUUAUUAUUAUUAUUAUUGAUUAUUAUUAUGAUUAUUAUUAUUAUUAUUAUUAUCAUUAUUCAUAUAUAAUUGUACAUACUACGUUACGGAUAUAAUAAUCGAUGCGGGAGGAUGAAUGGCCGAAUGCUGCGAUAUUCGUUUGUACGCGGAGGGUGAACACACGCGUGAUUUGCCAAAAGAUCAAGCGUGACGUGAUCCAGAUGACAGCUGAAACGAUCGCCGGACGAUCGAGUUUGAAUAAUGUUUCUAAAUAUAUACAUAUAUACAUAUAUAUAUAUAUAUAUAUAUAUAUACAUACUCACGUAUUUAAAUACGCACUAGUGCCGAUAUUUCUACGAAAAUCCGAGUUCCAUAUUUCGAAUCGAUAUCACCUAUCAUUCUGAGCCGAAUCUGGAAACGCUCAUCGGUCACGAAUUUCGUUUAUCGAUACCAAGAUCUUUCUUUCGUUCCCGAUCAUUUUACCCUGCCCUUCUCCUCUCUUUCCGAUUCGUCAUUUUUAACGAUUAUUUCCACUCCCAUAUAUAUAUAUCGUGUAACCGUGCGCGCGUGUGUUUAUGUGUGUGCGUGUGUACGUGCGACGAAGAAUGAAAGAGAGAGAGAGAAAGAGAGAGAGAGAGAGAGAGAGAGAGAGAGAGAGAGAGAGAGAGAGAGAGAGAGAGAGAGAGAGAGAGAGAAUGGCAGUGUAAGAGAUACAUUUGAUCGAAAGAGAAAUAUACCGGGCUAUCGUAUUCUCCAUCGAUGGAUCGAUAUGAAAAGAUGUUCCCUUCCACGCACAAAAUAACAAUAUCGCGUGAUCUUCGACCUUUCAUCCGAUCGUCGCUUCGUCGACUAUCGAAACCGUAUCCACUCGCGUAUUCCUCGCGAAAUGGCGAAAAAAAAAAAACACGAGACAAGGAAAUGAGGGGUGAGACGCUUCGACGACGAGUAUCGGAUUCGAUUUCCAAGGGAAAAUUGAAAAAAAAACGUGGAACAUAUCCAAUAGACACGUGGUUCUGCGGAUAUUCCACCGACUAUCUCUGUUUUACGCGGCGAAGACCGUCGAUCAAUUUCCACUCGAUUAUUUGGGAUCGAGCUGUCAGCAUGUAUGUAAUAAUAUAUUUAUGGAAAUACGCUAUAGCGUAACUUUCUAAAAAAAAAAAAAAAGUGUUCACCUUUCUUAACGGUCAGGAAAUUUCGAAUAUAACGCGGAUAAAGUAUGAUCCUUCUUUCUUCUCUUUCGAUAUCAUCUAAAUCGCGAAAUUUCGUUUCGUCGAGUCUUGCCGCGAAAUUUUCCAGAAGAAACUCGAAACGAUCAAUGCAAAAUCGUUCAAUCUCUCGUGUACCUUGAAACGACUUGGACAAUAAUUUUCAUCGAUGAUAUUUCUCAGAACCACGUUCUCUGGAACUCUUCUCGCCAUUAUUUCGAUACCAAAGCCAAGUUCUACCACCACUCCUUCGACUCGUCGCAAACGCGUUAACCCAUCCUUUUCGAUCUUUAUUAUUAUUCGUGUUGCGUUUCUUUCUCAUUUGUCGAGUUUCAAAGCUAUCUCUCGUUUUCUUUCGUUUCUUUUUUUCUUUUUCUCUCUCUUCUUUUUCUUUCCCUUUUCGAUGAUCCUCUCCUUGAUUCGCAAUUUCUUGUUUUCUAUUUUAUUUUUUUGUUUUUCUUCUUUUUUAAUUAGAUCUCAAGAUCUACGGCCGAUCUUUUUAGAAUAUACAUACAUGUAUAGUAAAUGGUAAAAAAUCAUAUAUACAUACUUCUGCAUUCGAGUAAGACAUAAGAAUAGGUUCGGAGGAGCCGCGGCCAACGCGUGCCCUUCGUUAACAAGGGAACCAAACAAACUAUAAAAAAAAAACGCUAUUUAAAAUGGAAAUAAACCAAUCGACGGACACGUCUCUUUGGACAUUUUCUUAGAAGUACGGUAAUAUAGGUAACGUGGUGUGUGUGAGGAGCCGAGAUAGUUUGGCAAUAACGCGCGCGGCUUCGUCCAAUAUCCAAUUACCGAGAGAGAAAAUAAACAAAGUAAAGGUGACAUCUCUGCCACGACGACAAGUCGCGCACGAUAUUACCAAUCGUCCUGAGGAUGAUGCUACUCGCGUUAUAUAUACUAUAGUCGACCUUUCGUAUUCGUUUUUUCCAGCGUCUUUUUAACAAUUAUGUAUUUGUCUAUAGCGAUCUUUUUAUACUGUUGUAAAGUGGCGUUUACACCGAUCCGUAGAAUAUACGCGUAGAAAAAAAAAAAGAAAAAAAAAAAAAUUCUUACCUUUAAAUCAUAAUGUCGGAUUAAAUAGCGGCACGCGAUUCACUGUUGUCGCUUAAGUGUUUGAUAGACGCGUUUAGAGCGAGAGAGAGUGAGAGCGAGCGAGCGAGCGAGAGAGAGAGAGAGAGAGAGAGAGAGAAAGAGAGACCAACGUUUUCUAUGUUACGAGACUGAAGAUCAUCGAAGCAUAUGGCAUAUUAUACCGAAUGAAAGAGAGAGAGAGACGAGCAACGCGAAAUUCGAGAGAAACUGGUCCUUUUUAAUGCCUUCCUCUUCGGUCUCGCUAGCCUUUGUGGCCCAGUGAACCCAAAUCUAUGUAUUACUCGUUCAUCGUGCCACUAUUCUCAACACUACACACACAUACACACAUACACACACACACUGCACGUAAUCGAUAUCUACGAUCUUUUACCAUGAGAUCGAAAAACGGUCAGCGUUCGCGUGAAACGUUCGAAGAGCAAGAUUCGUGCGUUCACUUUGCACCUACAGAUUAAAUAUACGCUUUAUAUCGUCAUUCGAAGAUCCGAGAAUUUUUCGCAAACCAUUCGAAUUAUAUUCCGUUUUUUAUUUUGCCACCUUGUUGAAUCGUCGAUUGUACACAUUAUAUACAAGAAGAGAGAAAAAAAGUCGAAACGAGAUCGAAGACACGACCACAAACUAUGAUUAUUCGAAUUAUUCGAAUCUUGUGCUUCGACGCGUUUAAACGUGCUGGCGAACUCGUGGCACAGCUUUGGCACUCACACACGCUACUUGCACCGUUUAUUUUUAUUAAGACCCUCUUAUAUCGACACGGUAAUAAACGAUGCUCGCGCAGACGUUAUCAUCGGUUUUUCGAAGACAUCAUACUUGACGCACUUUCGACAAAGACGCCUCGAUCAUCGAUGUUCGAUACGAACCAAGAGUAACGCGUUUCCUCCUUUUCUUUUUUUUUUUUUUUCUUUAUAUAACCAUUCGUAUUCGUGACAGUAAGUUUUUCAUUGUACGACAAACUUUCUCGAUCCGAGCAUUACACGAUUUUGCUUCAAUUUUAUUAUAUUUUUUUUUUAUUAUUAUUUCGAUUAAUUAAAAAAUAACGAUGUUGAAAAAAGCAAAUAUUCGAAGAUGGUGACUCAACUAUUGAGCAUUAACCGGUUUCGUGUACGAAUAAUAUAAUUACGUUAUUCAAAUAAUACGCACAAUACGAUUUACCCAUUAGAUGUGAUUUAACGGUUAAUGCAAUGAUACAAAUUAUAAUGUCAAAAAUAAAAUGAAACUUGACGGAAUUUAUGUGAUCGUAAAUUUGUUUCAAAGUUGAAUUAUUCUUGUCGCUUCGUUCCAUAUAAAUUACGCGCAACGAUAUUGUUUGUAUAUUUCGAUGUUUUAAGUGCCGAAAAAAAAUCGAUCGAAACGUGUUUACGUUUUCCGAGGAAACGUCCUUCCAUGCCAGAUCUAACCAUCUGUCUAACGUAUCUCGUUCGAGAAACGAAACGGGUAUACCACUUACUUGAGCAUUUGAGCGACUCUCGUUAGUCCGUUUAGGAAUUUUACAGAGUUAAGAUCCACAACCUUAAAAGAUGCACAACCAACAGACACGCACACGAUAUACUGCCGUUUUUUCUUUUUCCACUUUUACUCCUCUUCUGCUUUCUACUCAUCGAACAAUACUUCUCUCUUCCUUAUCUAUCUUCGAUAAAUAAUCCUCGAUGAUUUGUAGCGCACGAUAAUCGAUUCAUUGAAAAACUGUGUUUAUAACGUAAAAACGGAUAAUCUGUAGCAAGAUUUUCAAGAUUUUAUCCAAAUUUUUUCCAAAUGAUUUUCCAAUUCUUCGUUGAAAUGGAAACGUGACGUAUAACGUGAAGUGCAACGAUAGAGUACAGUUACAGAAAUAUCGAUAUGUUCAUCUUUAUCGCGCGCUACAAUACUGUUCGUGUCUUCGAAAAAAGAAGGAGAAAAAUAAAAAGAAAAGAAAAGAAAAGAAAAAAAAAAA